CGCGUUGAGAGUGAGAGCCCUGAACGUCCAGCAGCGCUACCAUUUUACCACUUAUCAAUAGGCUCCGCAUCUAACCCCCCUUCCGAUUUUGGUGUAAGUAGCUUGUCGUAGACGCACAUAAUGGUACUUCCAUCCACCGCCUCCCAUCUUCCACCCUCUCCAUCCCACCAAACUUUAGCUUCAACUUCAACACUCCCACAACCGACAAACUCCACGAUACCAAAUGCAACCGAUGGCCAUACAUCACAUGAACCGACAGCCCCUCCUUUCAAGAAGCAAAAGCGGGAACGGAAAGAAAAGACUCAUAUCCUGCACCAAUCUACCUUCAAAAAACCACUAUGGACAUACUUCCACCUCUCACUCCUCACCCCCGACACAACCACAGCUACAACCACAGCUCUAACCACAGCCGCAACUGGAAGCGCAAUCACUUCAACCAAAAAAACCCCAGAACUCUCCUUGCCCGACCCUGACCUCGACAUCGAUCCCCUAACAACAUCAACCCUCCUCCACCCCGCGCUCUCCACCUUCCUCGGUAUCGCCGGCACCUCGAUGCCUCUCGAUAUACUAAAGACCUCCGGACGGGACGUCUGGUUACGGGUUCCGCGACAGAAUGCGCGCGGCCUGCAGGCGGCGUUGAGUAGUUGGGUGGGAUGGUGUGAUGCAGAUCUGAUACCAGGGGUGAGGGACAUGAAGAAAGGCAGGGUGAGAGUUGUGUGGCGGGUUAAUGGAAGCGCAGAGGUUUUGGCCGGGUGGCUUGGGGAGGGAAAGGAGUUGUUUGAUGGCUGA